CCCUCCAUCUGUGCUGCAGGGUGCAGGGCUCUGGUUGGAGUGGGCGACUGGGAGGUGUUUCCUGCUGGAACAAGCCUGCACCUCCCUACAUGUCCGUGGGACUCGUGUGGUCGGCUGCAGAGAGUGAGGACGCAGAGCGGCACACAUGAUCUUCUGAGUCUCUGAGCCCCCCCGUGGUCCUGCUGAAGUGUCUUUGAGCCUGAACCAGGAAGAGAGAAACCCGAGAGCCAUUCAGCCAACAUGGAGGGGAGGCGUCUUCUCCUCGGCCUCAUCAUAGCAGCGUGUUGCUAUGGUAACACUGCUCAGAAGACAGACUGUGCCAAAGCUGUGGCCGACAUCGUCUUCCUCGUCGACGGAUCCUCCAGCAUCGGCAUCCCUCAAUUUCAGGAUGGUCAGAAAUUUAUUCGCAGUGUUGUCGAUGGCCUGGACAUUGGCCCUGACAAAGUUCGGGUUGGCUUGGCACAGUACAGUGAUGAACCUCACGUGGAGUUCUUGCUGAAGCGUCACAUGGACAAGGACUCCCUGCUUACUGCAAUAGACACAUUUCCCUACCGAACAGGCGGCACUCAAACCGGGAAGGCCAUCGACUUCCUCAUUCAAACGUACUUCACAAAAGUGGCCGGGAGCCGCGCCGGCCAACGAGUGCCUCAGAUCGCUGUGAUCAUAACAGAUGGCGACUCCUCAGAUGAAGUGAUAGAGCCGGCUAAGCGCCUGCGGGAGCACGGAGUUAUUGUAUUUGCCAUCGGGGUGGGAGUCGCCAACCUAAAGGAGCUUGGGUCCAUCGCCAGCAAACCUCCAGAUCGCUUCCGACUCACCAUCAAUAGUUACGAAGCUCUCAAGACGCUGAAAGAGGGACUACUGGAAACUGUUUGUGUCUCCAUGGAGGAUCAGAGACAAGCAUUGGCAGAAAGGUUUAUAGACAUUUUCUUCCUCUUGGACAGCGGGGUGAGUGCAGCAGAUUUCCAGCCGGUCAAGACUAACCUCAUCAAACUGGUCAAUCAACUUAACGUAGGAGCAUCUUUCCACCGUUUUGGCUUGGCUCAGUAUGCUGAAAAUACCAAGGUAGAAUUUAAUCUCAACACUUUCCAAAACAAAAAGGACACCCUGGACGCUGUUAGGCGUUUCCAGAAGCGUCCACUGAAACCUAAAGAGCCGCGUAACCUGGGCAGAGCACUGCAGUACGCAAGAACUUACUUUUUCACCCAUGAAAAUGGAAGUCGUGCAGACCAAGGAUACCAACAGUAUCUGGUUGUUCUGAGUGGAAAGGAUUCAGAUGAUCCUGUGCAGAAGGAGUCUCGUAAAAUCAAAGCAGAAGGAGUUACUGUGGUCGGGGUGAACCUCAGAGCAUCGUCAGAAAUGGGUGUCAUAUCCUCGGCAUCUUAUGCCUACGAUUCUAUCGGCAAUGCUUUACCUGGACUGAAAGCUCUUUUUGAAAGACAGGACAAGGAAGCAAAUGCUACUGGAGAUUGCAAAGCAGCCGAAUUGGCUGACAUCGUGUUCAUUGUUGAUGAGAACAGUGACAUUGGACCUGCCAACGUCAGACUUGUCCGCAAUUUCCUGCACUCGACCGUGAAUAGGUUUGACGUCGGUCCAACCAAAGUCAGAGUUGGCAUUGUGAUGAACAACGCCGUGCCCAAAGCACAGGUCUACCUCAACACCUUCGAUAACAAGCAGGAACUGCUGAAUUUCAUCAGGAUUCUGCCUUACCGUGGAGGUAAACCAUACACUGGAGCGGCACUAAAUUUCACCCGAGAAAAUGUCUUUAUCGAGGCAAAUGGAAGCAGGUUGAAGAGGGGCGUUCAGCAGGUGGCUGUCGUGAUCACUUUCGGUGACUCCGAGGAUGAUGUGAGCAGAGCAGCAUCUUUACUCCGUCAGGAUGGAGUCACUGUUUACUCUGUUGGAGUCCAAAAUGCCAACCAGACCGAGCUGGUAGAGAUGGAGUCUCAUCCCGCCAAUAAGCAUAUGUUUACUGUGGACAGUUUUGUCAAACUGAAAUCUCUGGAGCAGAACCUGCAGAAAAUCCUUUGCGUAAACAUUCUGCGUGAAGCAUUCUCAGUCCAGACGAGAAGAACCGGUAUCAAAGAAGGGUGCGUACAAACAGAUGAAGCAGAUAUCUUCUUCCUGAUUGAUCACUCAGGAAGUAUUUACCCCUCAGACUUCAAUGACAUGAAGAAGUUCAUCAUAGAGUUUCUCAAAACUUUCCGCAUUGGCAAAGAUCAUGUCCGUGUAGGAGUGGCAAAAUAUGCAGAUUCGCCAAACUUAGAAUUUGAUCUGGAAAAAUACGAGGAUGCCAUAAAAUUGGAGAAAGCAGUGGAGGAAAUAAAACAAGUAGGAGGCGGGACAGAGACAGGAAAAGCAUUGGAAUUCAUGAGCCCACUUUUUGAAAAAGCGUCGAGCUCCCGAGGAGACAAAGUCCGUGAGUUCCUGGUGGUCAUCACUGAUGGAAAAUCUGCUGAUGAUGUCAAGGUUCCUGCAGAAAAACUGAGGACUCAGGGCGUCAUCGUCUAUGCCAUCGGGGUGAAAAAGGCCAAUAAAACGGAGCUGCUUGAGAUUGCCGGUGACUCAAAGAAGAUGUUCUUUGUUGAAAACUUUGAAGCCCUAAAGCCAAUCAAGGAUGACAUCAUCACAGACAUCUGUUCUUCAGAUGUUUGCAAAGACAGACCAAGCGACCUCAUCUUUUUGAUUGACAGCUCAGGGAGCAUCGAUUCCCUAGACUAUGGAAAAAUGAAGGACUUCAUGAAAUCUGUCAUUAACAAGUCCGCCAUCAGGCAGAAUGAUGUGCAUGUUGGUAUCAUGCAGUUCAGCACAAUCCAAAAACUUCAGUUCAAACUCAACGAAUACUACAGCAAAGAGGAAAUGUUCAAAGCCAUUGAUGAUAUGGCUCAGAUUGGUGGAGGCACACACACGGGUGAAGCCAUCACAGUUGUGUCGCAGUAUUUUGAUGCAAGCAGUGGAGGGCGUCCUGACUUGAGGCAGACGCUGGUGGUGGUAACAGAUGGUGAAGCCCAAGAUGUGGUCAAAGGACCCGCGGAGGCUCUGAGAGCCAAGGGAGUGGUGAUCUACGCCAUUGGAGUUAUGGAAGCUAACACCACCCAACUGCUGGAGAUCAGCGGGUCACCAGAGAAGAUAUAUGCUCAGCGGGACUUUGACGCAUUGAAGGACUUGGAGAACCAGCUGGCUAUGGAGAUUUGUGAGCCAGAGAGAGAGUGUAAGAAGACAAUACAGGCUGAUAUUAUUUUCCUGGUGGAUGGUUCCAAAAGCAUCGGCCGAACCAACUUUACAAUCAUGCAGACGUUUAUGGAGUCAGUGGUGAAUGAAACCAAAGUUGGUAAAAACCAGACUCGCUUCGGGGUCAUUAUGUUCUCCACCACCACCAAAUCCAUUUUUACUCUGAAAGAGUACAGCACCAGGCAAGAGGUUCGUACGGCAAUAUCAGCACUGACUCGCCCUAAUGAAGACACCCACACUGCAAAAGCCUUAGCAUAUUCAUUACCGUUCUUUGAGGCUGAAAAUGGGGGUCGAGCCGCACUCCAGGUACCUCAGAUUCUCAUGGUGAUCACAGAUGGCGACGCUACUGACUAUACUAAUUUGGCUGAACCAUCCUUGGCACUGCAAAAAAAAGGAAUCAGGGUCUUCAGUAUCGGCGUUGGAGAAGCGAACAAGAAUCAGCUAAUGACCAUGGCUGGUCAGGACAGUUCCAGAGUUUUCUAUGUGGACAAAUUCGACGGCUUGAAAACUCUGUUCAAGAAUAUUUCUGGAGUUCUCUGCAUUAACGCCAAGCCAGCUUGUGAAAAACAGAAGGCUGACCUGGUCUUCCUACUCGAUCAGUCUGAAUCCAUCCUCAGUAAGGAUUACUCCCUCUUGCAGAAUUUCACAGCUGAGUUAGUGAAGAACUUCAAAGUCGGUGAAGAUUUAGUGCACGUUGGACUAGCCCGGUUCAACCACAACUUUCAGGAUGAGUUUUACCUCAACAAGUUCAACUCCGAACAAGCAGUGACCAAGCACAUCAUGGAUAUGAAGCAGAGCGAGGGAGGAACCCUGAUUGGAAUGGCCUUGAAUUCCAUCAGGGAAUAUUUUAAGGCAUCACGGGGAAGCCGUGGAUCAGCCGGGAUCUCCCAGAAUCUGGUGCUGAUCACAGAUGGCAAAUCACAGGAUGAUGUGGUAGAUGCAGCCCAUGCUCUCAAGGCUCUGGGGAUUGAGGUGUUCGUCAUCGGCAUCGGAAAAGUCCAUCACAUGCAGCUCCUGCAGAUUACUAACACAGAGAAGGUCUUUACUGUGGAGAACUUCGGUAGCUUGGAAAAGAUCAAGCAAAAGGUGACGAAGACCAUCUGCAAAUCCAAAUUCAACAAAGAACCUGAAAGCUGCACCAUCGAUAUCGCCAUGGGAUUUGAUAUUUCUAGAAGAAACAGAGCUCCUGGGGAGACGCUGAUCAGCGGCCACCCCAAGCUCGAGAAGUUCUUACCAGACAUCGCCCGUUACGUUUCUUCAGUAUCAGGCCUAUGCUGCGUCGGCCCCUUACCUAUUAAGACCAACAUCGGCUUCCGAGUGGUGGGUGAGGAUGGACGCCCCCUGUACGACACCAACUUCGAGGACUACAGUGAAGACGUAGUGACCAAAGUCAAGAACCUGAAGUUGGCGAAACCUACUUAUUUCAACACUGCCCUGCUGAAAUCCUUCGGGGAAAAGUUCAGGGACAAGUCCAAUGCUGGAGUGAAGGUGCUGGUGAUCUUCUCAGACGGACUUGAUGAAGACGUGAUGAAGCUGGAGAAUGAAGCAGAGCUGCUGCGACAGUCUGGCAUCAGCGCUCUGCUGACCGUGGCUCUGGAGGGAGCGCGUGACUCCGCCCAGCUGCAGAUGGUCGAGUUCGGGCGAGGAUUCGGCUACAAGCUCCCGCUGAGCAUCGGCAUGUCGAGUGUGGGCAGCAGCAUCCUCAAACAGAUUGACACCGUGUCGGACAAGGAGUGCUGCAACGUCAUGUGCAAAUGUUCUGGACAUGAAGGCAUCCGUGGCUCUUGGGGGCCCGCGGGGUCAAAGGGUCCGUCUGGACAGAAGGGUUAUCCCGGCUUCCCAGGAGACGAGGGCGUCGCUGGCGAGCGAGGGCGUCCCGGGCCGAGCGGACCUCAGGGCGGGCAGGGAUGUUCUGGGCUCAGAGGACUAAAGGGCUACCGAGGCAUCCGGGGGAACAGGGGUGAAGACGGCGAGGACGGACUGGACGGAGUCAACGGAGAACAGGGAGUGACGGGAAACAGCGGAGGCCGAGGAGAGAGAGGACACCAUGGAAACCCAGGUAUCCCCGGUAUCAGAGGGGAGGCGGGGCUAAAAGGACAGCGAGGACUGAGAGGAGAUCCGGGUGAACCAGGCGCUGACAACAGAACACCAGGAUCCAGAGGGGAACCCGGCAACCCAGGUUCACCGGGAGCAGCUGGACAGGACGGACUUGGGGGUGAGAGAGGAGUCGUUGGAAACCCGGGUCCAAGUGGAAGGAGAGGGCCGCUCGGGGAGAAGGGGGCCUCUGGAAGGCCAGGAGAUGCAGGAGUACCAGGCAGCCCUGGAGCUUCUGGUUCACAGGGUCGACAAGGGGUCAGAGGUCAACCUGGGCCGAGAGGAAGCGCUGGUCUUCCCGGACCCCAGGGAGGACCAGGAGCAGCUGGAGCCCCGGGACCAGGCGGGCGGCGUGGAGCUAACGGACAGAAGGGCCAACCAGGAGACUCCGGGGGUCCGGGUGUUCCAGGAUCCCAGGGACCCAGAGGAAUGCCUGGUGACGAUGGGAGAGAUGGUCAUGGACCUCCGGGACUGAUGGGUGUCAAGGGAGAUGCUGGUUUCCCUGGUUAUCCUGGUCUCCAGGGUGAGGAAGGUGUGCAGGGACCCAAAGGAUACCCAGGUCCUAAAGGCAACGGAGGACGAGGAGGGAACUCCGGCCAAUCUGGAGAAUCAGGAGUGUCUGGAGAGCCGGGUUAUUCAGGACACAGAGGACACCGAGGUCCCCCUGGAGGGAAAGGCAUGACGGAGUGUCAGCUCGUCACCUACAUCAGAGACAACUGUGCUUGUUCCAUUGAUCGAUCCCAGUGCCCGGCCUACCCCACGGAGCUGGUGUUUGGUCUGGACAUGUCUGAGAACGUGACCCAGGCCUCCUUCGAGAGGCAGCGGGCCGCCCUCCUGUCUCUGCUCGAGGACGUGGCCAUCGCCGAGAGCAACUGUCCAACAGGCGCCCGGGUCGCUGUGGUCGGAUACAGCGCCUACACCAAGUACCUGAUCCGCUUCCAGGACUACCGCCGCAAGAAGCAACUCAUCGAAUCAGUGAAGAACAUCGCCCUGGAGAGGACGUCCAACAAACGCCAGCUCGCGGCCGCCAUGCGCUUUGUGGGUCAGAACGUCUUCAAGCGGGUGCGAGCUGGAAUGAUGAUGAGGAAGGUGGCGGUCUUCCUUUCUGACGGGCCGACACAGGACGUUGACAACAUUCUUACCGCUGUGAUGGAGUACCGGGCCCUGAACAUCGUCCCGGCGGUCCUUUCUCUGAGGAACACUCCAGCCAUUGGUCGAGCCCUGGAGGUCGACGACUCCGGAAACUCCAUCUUCUCUGUGCUGGGGCGGGACAUGGCUACCGACCUGAGGAAGGUCAAGAACUGUGCCAUCUGCUACGACCCGUGCAGGCGUGCCACGGAAUGCACCUCCGUCCAGGAGCCGCUGCCGCCUCAGGAGGUGGACGUGGACCUGGUCAUGCUGAUAGACAGCUCCAGGGAGAUGCAGGCGGACGAGUACACUGGCGCCCAGCAGCUGCUGGGCUCUGUGGUGGAGCAGCUGGCCGUGAGCUCGCAGCCCCGCCGGACCGGCAAACAGGCCCGGGUGGCUGUGAUCCAGCAGAGCGGCACCCAGGCGCCCAAGGUGGAGUUCGGUCUGCAGGCCUACCAGAACCACAGCGUGAUGAGGACGCACCUGAUCCAGAACAUGCAGCAGCAGGGCGGCUCCUCGGCUCUGGGACAGACGCUGCAGUUCACCCUAAACGAGGUGCUCCUGAAGGCCCCCCACCCCCGGAGGAAGAGGGUGCUGCUCGCCGUGGUCGGCACCCAGACCGCUUACGCCGACCGGGCCAAGCUGAGGUACAUCUCCCAGAAGGCCAAGUGUGAGGGCGUGGCGGUGUUUGUGGUGACGGUCGGCGAUCGCUACAACCGGGCGCAGGUGGAGGCGCUCGCCAGUCACCCUGUUCAGCAGCACCUGAUCCACGUGGGCCGACCCAAGGCCGACGAGCAGGGAUACGUCCAGCGCUUCUUCAGAGUCUUUCUCUGCGCCCUCAACAGGGGACUGAACUCGUAUCCUCCUCCAUCUUUCAAACAGAGGUGUGAUCAGCUGAAGCGUCAAGAUGGAGGACAGAUCAGCAGUCAGGGGCUGGAGCUGGAGCUGGACAUCGAGGAGGAGUUUGCGGAUGAGUUGAAGGAAACGUUCCAGGAGCAGACGAGGAGACGGACACAGAGCGGACAGCUGGACGUCCUCCAGAGUCUGAGAACAGGAGAGGGACACACACUGAUCACUGGAGGCAACGCCCGGUGUCGGCUGGAUGCUGACGCUGGUUCGCAGUGUGACGACUUUGUCCGAGUUUGGUUCUUUGACAGUCUCGUCGGUGCAUGCUCUCCCUUCUGGUUCGGCGGUUGCGGCGGUAACGCCAAUCGCUUUAACACGGAAAAUGAAUGUUUCCGGACGUGUGGCACUAACAAUCCCAGCGUCCUGACGCCGCCGCAGCUGAACAGCUUCGCCUCCAAAGACGCCUGUUUCCUCGGCCAGAACCCCGGCAGCUGCCAGAACUACACCAUGAUGUGGUUCUUCGACACCGAGCAGAACGAAUGUUCUCGCUUCUGGUUUGGAGGCUGCGGCGGCAACGAGAAUCGCUUCAAGACGCAAGAGGAGUGUGAGAACCUGUGUUUGACGAAGAGUCGAUGAAGAGGAGAUCUGUUGCAAUCAGACACAAAGAACAGGAGCAUUUCAGGAAAAACAUGCAUCUUCAAGGAAAACCACCAGGGGGCAGUCAUGAGUUCUUUAAAAGUCUUUAAACUGCAAAUGUUUUCAGGGAAAGUUUAAUGUUUCCUGUGUUUUUUCUUCAACGUGCACGUUUGAUUUCUUGCCGAGCUUCAUGACGAGUGAACAAGGUCGAGGUCGAACUUUGAUCCGGUGCUAUUUUCAUGAGGCUGACGGAAAAAAACAAGUUUUCAGAGUGAACGAGGGAAUGAAACAUUAAAGUGAGUUUAUAUAAACGAGUUUGGUUUCAUCAUUUAUCACAUUGUUUUAAAUCAAUAACUCAUAAUCCGAUGUUUUUCUGGGACUGAACCUGAACGUCUCAGUGAGAGUAAACGUGUUGAAGAGAAAAACCUAAAAGAUAUUUUAUCUUGUAAACUUUCUUUUCAAAGUUUGGGACCAAACCAGUUUUUUUAAUCAAAUAAUCAAAUAUACUUUAUUUUCAUUUCAACAAGAUUAGUAACGAUCAGUAUGUGAACACACAAACAACUAAAGAAGACGACUCAAAAUGUAAAACUGAUCAGUUCCAGUUUUUAGAAUAUAUAUUCUUUAUUAUCGUACAAUUUUGCUUCGUUAUUGUAAAAUAAUGUGUUGCUUUUUCUGCUUUAAUUCUGUCGUCUCCAUGUUUUAUUUUCAUGUUUCCUGAACUUGUUUAAAUCAGGUUUGAUGAACUUUCACUGUUGUUGAGCUGCAGCUUUGUUAAUGAUUAAAAAUAAAGUUUCAAACUGA